AUGAUGCCAAUACCAGUAAUAGAUGCCCAGAGCCUGGAGAAGGGUUGCAGGUCAGCUGGAGAGCACUUGGAGUGCAGCACAAAGGAAAACGAGCUGCUCCAGCCAGUAAGUCGGACCAAGACUCAAAAGCCUCUGCAGCUGGUAGUUGGCACUCUCACCCCAACCUCUGUGUUCCUCUCUUGGGGCAUCCUAGUCAACCCUCAACAUGACUGGACAGCAACAAGUAACUGUGCUAGCGACAGGUUCUAUACAGUUCGCUACAGAGAAAAGGAUAAAGACAAGAAAUGGGUUUUUCAGCUUUGCCCAGUUACAGAGACGGUGGUGGACAAUCUGAAGCCAAACACACUUUAUGAAUUUGGAGUUAAAGACAACGUAGAGGAUAGUAUUUGGAGCAAGACUUUCAAUCAUAAGACAGUUCUGUCUACUUUCAGUGGUAUUCAGCCUGUUCUUUCAAGCCCUGUGACACCUAGUAAGCCUGAAAUAGCAGAUGCUGAACCAGCUCCAAAAGAAAUACCACUUAUUCCUUCUAAACUGAAACCAUCUGCUACCCCAGAAGUACAGCACGUGAAACCUGCCCCUAAACCACCACUUUUGGAGCCUAAAACUUCUCAGACUGUUGAACAACCAAAAGCAACGCUAGCUCCUAAAGAAGCAAAACUCACACCUUCUGCACCUAAACCUAGACCAUCUGCCAGACCCAAAAAGCCACGAACUAAACCUGUCUUGGAACCUAUUACACUUAGAAUUGAACCAUCAAGGGCAACGAUAGCUCCAAAGGAGACUCAGCGUAUUCCUUCUAAACCUAAAACUUCACCCAAACCUCAUAUCCCACAAGCCAAAGAUGUCCUGGAAUCUGUAACACUUACAACUGAUCAACUAAAACCAACAAUAGUUCCAAAAGAAACACAGCGUGUUCCCUCCAAACCUAGAACAUCACCAAGCUCAGAAGUGUCACAAACCAAACCUGGUCCUAAAGACACACGUCAUGGGCCUUCCAAACCUAAAACUUCACCCAGUCCACGUGUUCCUCCAACUAGAGCAAGUCCAAAAGAAAGUCGGCGAGUCUCUUCUAGGCCCCAAGCAUCACCAAGUCCAGAUGUACCACACACAAAACCUGCUCUUAAAGAACCGCAAUAUACUCCCUUUAAACCUAAAGCAGCUCCCAUCCCAGAUGCUCCACACAGCAAGCCGGCAAUACAUCGGACAACUCCACAACCAAUUAUUACAAAAUCUUCUACUAUCACUGAGCAUUCAAGGGCAACAAUGGCUCCAAAAGAAACACUGCUCAUUCCUUCCAAACCCAAAACAUCUGUCGGGCCAGAAGUACCACAGACUAAACCUGUUCCCAAUGAAACGUACCAGAUUUCACCCAAGCCCAAAACUGCUCUAGCAACUGAAAUUCCACAAUUUAAUACAGAUGAAGUUUAUACACCUGAGGAUAUUUCUAGACAAAUUGGCAUGGAUGUGGAAAGUUCUUUGGAAUAUAGUGAUACCCGGGAAAAGCCAUUUUCUGUAACUACAUCACCUGGCCCUCAGCAUCCUCCUAUACCUCCUGUCAAGCCUACGCCAAUGCGCAGAAAACCACUGCCUCCAAACACCGUGACUGGUAAACCAGGGAGUCCAGUGAAUGCCUUGUUGCCACAAGUUCCUCCUUCUGUCAUUAUAGCUAAACCUGCUGGACCAACACCACCUGUGAGGACAGGAACGUCAUAUAAGACACCAACAGCUUUUGCAACUCCAGAGUAUUAUGUUGAUGCAACUGUCUUCAGCUCAAGUCCUACAUCAGAAACAGAUUCUUCAGGCAAACCAAGGUACCAAGCCCCCCAUGUCAAGUACAUGAAGAAAGAUGAUGAUGUGCCGUGCUCUAUCACAAGCUCUCUUGAACAUUUUCCUCAAGAAGAAGUUGGCAGCAGGGAAGAACCUACUCGUCCUCCACAAAAUCCUCCAACCAACCUCACAGUGGUGACUGUUGAAGGCUGUCCAACCUUCGUCAUAUUGGACUGGGAAAAACCAGACAAUGACACUGUUACUGAGUAUGAGGUUGUGUCAACUGAAAAUGGAGCAAGUGAUGGUGAAAAGGAGAAAUCGAUUAUCACUACAAAUCAAACCCAUUCUACUGUGGAAAACCUAAAACCUGACACAAGUUAUGAAUUCCAUGUGAAACCUAGAAACCCUCUUGGGGAAGGUCCAAGCAGCAAUGUUGUGGCAUUCAGUACUGAAUCAGCGGACCCAAGAGUGAGCGAGCCAAUUUCAAUGGGAAAGGAUGCUAUCUGGACUGAAAUCCCAUUCAAUUCAGACACCUAUUCAGAAUGCAAAGGGAAACAAUACGUAAAGAGGACUUGGUAUAAGAAGUUUGUAGGUGUGCAGCUGUGUAAUUCUUUGAGAUACAAGAUAUACCUCAGUGAUUCACUUACAGGAAAAUUUUAUAACAUAGGAGACCAGAGGGGCCAUGGAGAAGAUCACUGCCAAUUUGUAGACUCAUUCUUAGAUGGAAGGACAGGACAGCAAGAAGAUCUACCAGUCAAAGACGGAUUUUUCAGGGCAGUUCGUCAGGAACCAGUCAAAUUUGGAAAAAUAGGCGGGGAGACUCACAUUAACUAUGUUCGCUGGUACGAGUGUGGAACAUCAAUACCUGGGAAAUGGUAGAUGGGACAUCAACUUGGUGAAAAGGCCCAGCACUUACCACCGCCCCACCCGCCCCAGCUGCCCAAGGCAGGCUCAAAGAUGGAAAUGUUUAUGGUAUGCCUGGCACUUAAGUAAGUUUGCUGAUGUGCAAAGGUUUAUACAAGUCAAAUGCCAAUACUGCAUUAAUUGUGUAAUAGUGUAGGCUGCUUACUGUAGUUAUCCAGUGUUACAAAUGUGUUUUUAGAUUUAAAAAAAAUAAUAAAUCCCAAACAGGCUAGGGACUUGUUGUAGGAUAAUGUAUAGGGAAGCUGGCUCCCUAUUCUUGAGGUAUGGUUUAUAUGGUAUUUUAAAAGAUACGGUGUGUAUGUUAUUUAUCACAAUGUUGUAAUAAA